CUUUGUCUCAAAAAAAAAAAAAAGCAGCCGUGCUCUCUCGAAAAAAAAUCCCCAAUCUCCGUUAACCGGCUCUAACCCUAGACACAGAGCGCCCGUGCGCUGCCGCUGCGGCGAGGGAGGAGCCUCUGCCGGCGAAGCGGGGCCUCGCGACUCGCGGGCUCCAGUGAGGCGACGCGAGGCGGCCUUCGGUGGCGAAGGAUUCGGUACCUAGGUCUCCUUGGGAGCCCAGAUUUUGCUACUAUGGCUUCUGAGAAAAUCAAACCAAAGAAGCAAAGAAAUGAGGAAUGCAUUAUAAACAGUCUCCCAGAAGACCUCAUUGAGCGGAUAUUUUUGAGGCUUCCAGUGAGCACUUUGUUGAGGUGCGUCAGUGUCUGCAAGCACUGGCACAACUCCAUCCGUGAUCCACAGUUUGUCGUAUCACACCUUCAGUGUGCGCCCUGAGAUGUCCUUCUGUUCUUCCAGCAAGAGUCGGUCUCAGGCGAGCCCUACCCUAGUGAUGCUAUCCUAAUUGACGAAGCCUGGUCGCCAUCGACAUGUGCGGUGCCAGUGAUUGGGCCUGAUGAUUUCCUUUUUGGUUCAUGCAAUGGACUCCUUGGCUUAUACACAAAGACAUCAACUAUCAAGCUUUGGAUAUCAUCCCGUGACAAAAGAAUACAAGAUUACACACUUCCUUGGUGAUUGUGUUGAUGGUCGCCCCCAUAAUAAAGACAGGUUCAGCACCAUUCAAGUUUACACUCUUGGUGAUGAGAAAUGGAAAGAUAUCCGAACCCCAGAAGCUCUUAGCUUGAUCAUUGUGAGAAACUCUGGAGUUGUCAAUGUUGAUGGCAAAAUGUAUUGGUUAACUGAAGACAUGUUAGCUAGCUGGCAGCAUGCAGUUAUGUCCUUUGAUCUCAGGGAAGAAAGUUUUGCGAAGAUACAACUGCCGGCAGAACGUGAAGAUCAUGAUCGUUAUGGUCCUCGUAAGUUCUGGAUCAGAGAUAUAGAUGGGAAAAUAUGUAUAGUAACUGCUCAAACAAGUCGUUAUGAUCCCAGAGCUCUUCUUGGUGAGUUGCAGAUAUGGACACUUGACAACACGGUAGAGCAACAAAGGUGGAGUCAGAAGUACAAUAUUAAGCACACACCAAAUUAUAUUCCAGGGCCACAUUUUGUCCACAGGGAUAGGAUCCUCGCACAACUUUGCAGCAAUAAUGUAUGUUCGUGUGAGUUGUUUGGUGAGAACUUUGAUGUUAACCAGAGUAAGUGGGUACACCUGUUAGAUUUCAGUCCCCGCAAGCCGUACAACAUGCAAUCCUACAUUUGUGUGAAGUCACUUGUACGUUUAGAUGUCUACAAGAAGGCAGGCAUUGUACGUAGACCAAAACAGCGGGAAGGCUGGGAAUUGAAGAAGUGGGAGACAUGGAAGUGUAUGCUUGGCAAGGAUGCGGAUAUGCGGAGCCAGAUCCACAAAUUUGAGCAUGACUUACUUACGUUUUUUGACACUACACUAGUGCCAAAAAACGUCUUACAUUAUGGGACGGAGGGAGUAUUUUGUAGGAACUCGCAGAAACAUCGAGUAAAAUGUGCAAGUUUUUGCAGAAUAAGCAAUAUAACAUUGCAGAACAUGUACUCACGGAACUCAAUCAGGUGUUGCAGCGCAAACCAGAUAAUCCAGAUCAGCCAUUGUCCAUCCGGAGGCUUAAUUGGGUGGGGAGCAGAAUUGGGAGCAGCAGAAGUUAAUGGCUCGUUUAAGUAAGAUAAAACACAUGAUUAAGGUCGUGAAGCAGGCAAUGGAUAACAUCUCUGGUAUUACAAUGUUGGAUCAGGGUACAUCAGCUGCUGGCGUUUCUUCCAGUGACGGUUAUGACAAGAAGGAAGAGAGCCUCUAGCAUUAAGCUUAGCUUUCUGGGGCACUUCGUUUCGUCUCGAGUGAUUCUGCAACUUGUACAAGGAGACUCCUCAUCCCUUGGAUUGGAUGGCCUCUUUUGCUCCAUCAGUUGCUUGUCAUUAUACAUUGCACUUUCAGGUUUCUAGUUUCUACAAUAUGUCCAGCGCACAAUGCUGCUUGGCCCAAGAAAUCCGACAGCAACACGGCCCUUGCCUUAAGCAGAAACAAUGGUGUGAUUUUCUGAACAGAUUUUAAGCAGUCUGCCAUGUUUUAAAUACUUGAAAUGCAUUACCAGACUUCAUGCUGGUUUUAUGUGCUGCUGUUGUCUUAGAGCA